ACUACAAUGUUGUUUCAAAGUUUGGCUUUUUUGAAAUUACAUUAGGAAUUCUAAAAUAAAUUACAUAUUUGAAUGAUUAGGCUUAUUAAUGUUGUAUUUAUGACUGGACAAAGUCUGGGUGUUGGUGGUAUUAUAACCCAAGUGAUUUGAGGUUUGGUGUUAACCUAAAACUUUUGUUUACAUUUUUGGUUUCGUUGUCAACUCAACGAAAACCACCACAAAUGUUCGUAAAAAGUAUAAGUAAAAACAUCCUCGAAAAUAGGGAUACUAUACUUAAAAACUAAGACAAAGGAAUACAAAAUGUAUUUAAAAUUAGCCUAAGCUUCUGUUGGUUCCCGCGAUUAAAAAAAGUUCAACAAAAUGAGAACAGUGCCGAAGUGGGUGAAUAAAAUUCAUGAAGCGGAUAAAGUUGAGUUUUCUAGUGUCCAUACAAUAUGCUUCAGUCCUGAUGGCACUCAACUGGUAGUCGGAGCUGGUGAGAAGGUAAUGGUGUAUGACCCUCGUGAUGGAGCUCUGGUGCAACUACUACAAGCUCACAAAGGAGCCGUGCACGCGGUUGCUUACUGCGGGGAUGGGAAGAAGUUUGCGAGUGGCAGUGCUGAUAAAAAUGUUAUAAUCUGGACUUCCAAGAUGGAGGGAGUGUUGAAGUAUUCUCACGGUGAAGCAAUCCAAUGCCUCUCCUACAACCCGGUAACGAUGCACCUGGCCUCCUGUGCGCUGUCAGACUUCGCAUUCUGGUCUGCUGAUGUUAAGGCGGUUCAGAAACACCGCGUGGCCGGUCGGAUAACAUCUUGUGCAUGGUCCCCCAACGGGCAAAACCUUGCUAUUGGACUAGCCAUUGGGGCGGUUUCCAUCAGAGAUAGGAUGGGCGACGAAGUACAGCGUAUAUCACGCGACGCUGCCGUGUGGGCGGUCACAUUCCACAAGUCAACGUUGCUGGUCACGGAUUGGAGUGACACCCUGUCCUUCUACAAUGUGCAGGGGCAGCAGGUGUCCAAGGACAGGGAUAUAGGUAUAGCGGCCCUGUCAAUAUCUAUGCUGGGCGCCUUGGUGCUGGUGGGGGGAGUGGGGGGCUGGGCCGUGCUGACGUCAGAGGGGGUUCCCAUACUGACCACCCCCCAAGAGUGGGUGUGGGCGACAGCGCCGUCGCCCACUUUUAAUACUGUGGCCGUGGCGUGCCAAGACGGCACCCUGUGGUGUUAUCAAGCGGUGUUCAGCACCGUUCACGGUCUGUACCGUGAACGUUACGCGUACCGCGAGAACAUGACGGACGUGAUCAUCCAACAUCUCACCACCGGCAACAAAGUGCGCAUCAAGUGUCACGACCGCGUUCAUAAGAUUGCUAUAUAUAAGCAUCGUUUGGCGGUUCAACUCCCGGAACGCGUGGUGGUGUACGAGCAGGGCGACGUGGACGGCAUGCUGUACAGGGUGAAGCAGAAACUGUCGCAGAAGACGGAAUGUUCAUUGUUGGUCGCCACUAGCGACGCCCUACUGCUGUGUCAGGAUUCGAAGCUGGUGAUGGUCGGCCGGCGGCUGCCUAAGAACUGGACCAUGCCUGCUCCUAUCCGCUAUGUCAAAGUGACCACCCUGUAUUUCGAAGAGGUUUUAUUACUGGGCCUACAAAAUGGACAAAUAUGGCAAGUGGAGCCCGUUAGCGGUGCGUCUAAAUCGUUGUUGCAAACGCCGGCCAGCGUUCGUUGUUUGGACGUGAGCGCGUCUAGGAGUCGUGUCGCAGUCGUCGACGAGUCGUCCGUGUGUCGUGUGUACAGUCUGCCCACCGGCGAACUGUUGUAUACAGAAGAGAACGUGUCAUCGGUGUCAUGGAACUCGUGGUGUGACGACCUCCUCAGCCUUUCCGGUGGCGGGCUGCUCUCGAUAAAGGCUGGCCUUUUUCCAGCUGCCACCCAGCCUUUGGUGGGAUCUGUUGUGGGUUUUCAGGGUGGUCGUGUAUUCUGCUUACAAGCUAAUUCCAUGCAGACGAUAAACGUUCCGCUCUCGCACGCCGUACAUCAGAACAUACAGCAGAAGAUGUUCACUGAAGCGUAUGCGGUGGCGUGCCUAGGGGUGACCGCUUUGGACUGGGAGCGGCUGGGGAUGGCAGCUUUGGAGGAGUUGUCCUUCGAAGUGGCAAAGAAGGCGUUCCAGAGGAGUGAGAAUGUCAUAUUCUUGACGCUCAUCGACCAUUUGCAGGAACGCUUGGAAUCCGGCGAGAUGCGCACGCUCAUCGUCGGCGAUGUGUCGGCGCACCGCGGCCGAUACGCGGACGCCGCACGCGCAUACCGCACCGCGGGCCGCGACGACAGAGCGUUGAGUUUGUACGUCGACUUGCGUAUGUUCAGCAAAGCGCAGGAAUACGUGGGCGAGGGCGAAGGCCUAGCGGCGCUGGCCCGCCGCAGGGCCGAGUGGGCGCGCCACGUGAACGAGCCCCGGGCCGCCGCCGAGAUGUACUUGGCGGCGGGGGACGUCAAAAGGGCGGCUCAACUCAUGGCGGAGACGGGCAGGAGAGACAUGUUGAUUGAACUAGCCCGCAAGUUGGACAAAGGCUCCAGUUCAUCACUGCGGUACGUGGCCGAAGCCCUGGUGACGGCCGGGGAACACGCCACCGCCGCGGACGUCUACCAGAGACUAGGGGAUUAUCGCAAAGUCGCCCAGCUGGCGGUAUCCGCCGGCGAAUGGUCGCGCGCGUUCGCACUGGCCCGCGAACAUUCGGAAUGCCGCCGCGACGUUUAUUUGCCGUACGCACACAAAAUGGCGCAGGAGAGCAAGUUUGUUGAUGCGCAGAAAGCAUACCACAUGGCAGGUGAGACUGCCACAGCGAUGCGAGUGUUCUCAAUACUGGUGACGAAUGCUGUAUCAGAGGAGCGUUUCUCUGACGCGGCAUAUUUACACCAUUUGCUGGCCAUGCAGUGUCUAGACACCGCUGCCGCUGCAGGGGACAAUCACUAUAUAUAUUGUAACAGUGAGCGGUCACGAAGCCAGUACAGUGACAAUGAGCGGCUCGCUCGCGUGUACCACGCCUACGACGCUGUCCAUCGCUGCGUUCACGAGCCUUUCUCGCUCAGUCAGCCUGACUCGCUGCUCAAUGCAGCGCGUUACGUUUUGGCCAACGUUGGUGAAGAACCCCCGCCUGGAGUUUCUAAGUUUUGCCUGUAUCUUUGCCUGGCGAAACAGGCAAAAGCUCUGAACGCGAAUACGCUAGCUCUUCAGAUGCUGGAUAAGAUUCUAGGAUUGCUGAUACCGCAGAAAUUUCAGGAAAGCGUAGAGCUGUUGAUACUGAAGAGUCGAGCGGCCGGCACCGGAGAAGGGGGGGAGGAGGAAGUGUCGCCGUUGUGUUGGCGAUGUCGCCGCCACGCGCCGCCACUGUGCGCCACGCGGUGUCCGCACUGCGGACAUGCGCUGGCGCACUCGCUGGCCACACACGAAGUGUUGCCGCUCGUUCAAUUCGAACCGUCCGAGGGCAUCACGGAAGACGAAGCCCUGAGCCUUAUAUCCAGGUCCCCCCUACCGGACACCAAGAUGGAGCAGAGUGGGGGUUCCGAGGUGCUCAGGAUAGACCAUAUCGAGGACAGUGCUGACCCGUUUUUGGAUAAAGUUGACGAGGACGACGAAUCGGGCGUAGUUGUUUGCAGCCGUGGCGCCCUCUUGCGUCUGAACCCGGCGAGUGUGGUGGUAGUGAAACGCCCCCUACAACCUACGGUGUUUUAUCGAAACAUGCUCCCCGAGUUACCCGCCGUUGUGUGUCCGCAUUGUCAACACCUGUUCUACAUGGAGGACUUCGAGAUCCAGCUGGUGACGAAGGGUCACUGCCCUUUCUGCCGCCAACCGGUCGAGUCCAAGUCUGAUGAGGAGAGCACCGAUGACUCCAUUCUCAAUGAUUCCACCACGUCUACCCCAGUAAGUCCCACUGGAGGUACUUGGCGAUAGUUUGUCAGUUUGUAACAGUUAACAACAAUUGUAUUUGCAAA